AUGGGUAUACGGAGAUCCGAUUCCACGGUUGCGAAUCGAUUCGAAGCUAUGCUGAUCAAGAUUCUGGCCGACAGGCUUGAGAGACUGCACGCUGUCAACUGGCUACACAAGGGUCUUCGGAGCCAGAGCAUAUUGUUCUCCCGCGAUGCGGACACAGCGGUGGAUUGCGCGCAACCGUUUCUCUCUCGCUUCGACUAUUCACGUCCAGAAAAUGCCGACUUCAUGUCUGAGGCUCCUCCUCAUAUCAGAGCCGAGGAUGUGUACCGGCAUCCCGCGGUGCAGGGCGGCCCUAGAGAUGACGCCCAUGGAUUCGGCUUUAAGAAGCAUCAUGGCAUUUCUUCCCUCGGCAUCAUCAUGAUGGAGAUUGCCUGUUGGAAUUCUGUUGACGUUGUGCUUGGGUUUGAGGAACGUCGGGUGAGGCUUCCCAGUGAAACAGCAGGAGUCCGAGAGACUCUGCUUAGCGGAAGAUUCGAUGACAACCUGAGAGGACACAUGGGAGAUGUGGUGGCAGAGAUAGUCAAGUCAUGCCUCGCAGGACCAGACAACUCUCAGAUUCCCAUAUACGGAGCCGAUGCAUCAAGGUCUGGGCUCAAACUGCAGGAGUGGUUCUUCCAUGCCGUGGCGAAGAAGCUGCGGGAUAUGAGAAUUUGA